CUCCUGAUCCGAUUCUCGGGGUCCGGACUGUAGCGGGGGAGGCGUCGGCACCGCUUCGACUCAUGGGGGUUAGAAGGGUUCCCGCCAGGUGGGCCACGCAACCCGGCCGCUUUUCCCAGCGGCCCUGCGCCUUCAGGGGCCGCUGGGCUGCUAGUCCCCGCUCGGUCCUCGGAAGCCCGUGGUGCGGAGCGGCUUUUCGGGAGGGGCCGACAGGGCGCGCGAAGCUUGGGCCGCCCUUAACGCAUCGCGCCGAAACCUGGACGCUGCCUCCCGGCGCCUCCGGCUUGGGCAUUUCGUUCGGCAUUUGUAGGCAGUGGCAGUUCUGCUGGACAACGCAGAAACUCUCGAAAUUGGUGUGCAUUAACGGGCUCGCUCUCGGACUGAAAAGGAAUCACUUUUUAUAACGAACCCUGACAUUUUGGGUUUGCCAAGCAGGAUUUGUUGCUGGGCCAUAUAAAAAAGGAUACGUAUGCCCUACCUUCAUUAAUGGGAAUUGAAUUCACUUUCUACGAAUUCCACAUGGAAAAAAAUAUAUUGAUUAGAUACACGGAGUGAUUAUAAAGUUAUAACAUGGUGGGGGGAAAAAGAUGGGAUUUAAUGUCAUGUUCCUUGGAGCUCAUUUUACAGUUCUCUUGUUUUUCUAUUACUUUCAAUUGAUUUCUACCCCAGAUUGUUCCCGAUAAACCAAAGCGCGUUUCCCAGACACACAAUACGGUUAAAGUUGUUUUCCAUCAUUCUUACUACAGGAUAAACUAAAUUUGUUGAGAAGUGUAUUGUUUAGUUCUGGCUUAAUGGUUGAAAGAGAAAUUUUUUAAAUAUCCGAAUUUUGAAAUUUUACUUGCAUUGAGUUUUAGGAUGCAAAUCAAGGUGAUUCGUGUUCUAAGUGCCCGAUUCAUGAUGGAUUUGAUGUACCUGUUAGCUUUUUUAGAUGGUGUGACAAAUUUUUGAAAGCCAUUUUAAUGGGAGGUCGUUAGUGGUUACAGCCAUUUAGGCACUGUUUGCAUAACAAUAGUGCCAGUGCGUGGCACAUCUCUGGGUUUGGGAACGAGCAGGGAAAUACACAGCAUAAACGCUUUGUUUUAUGAGGGUCGCUAACCUCUCCAGCCCCUCUUUAAAGAUCUUAAGAUUCAGGAUCUCCCUGUGAGACGGGACCCUACUCUCAUACUUUGGAAGGUUCGAUUUUAGUCUUAGCUUUUCAUUGGGAUUUUCCUCACAGCCCCGGAAAGGAGUUUUAGCAUCUGAUUCUGUGAGGAGCUAGAACAGAGGGAAGAAAGGAACAUUAAUGGAGUACUAACCUACUAAACUACUAAACUAGAAGAGAAAAAAUAAAAGACAACUGAAAAUCAGAGCAAAUGUGCAUUGGAUUUUUAUUAACAACGAGUGGCAGAACUCAGAGAGUGGGAGAGUGUUCCCUGUCUAUAAUCCAGCCACAGGAGAGCAGGUGUGUGAAGUUCAAGAAGCAGACAAGGCAGAUAUAGACAAAGCAGUGCAGGCAGCCCGCCUGGCUUUCUCUCUUGGUUCAGUGUGGAGAAGGAUGGACGCUUCAGAAAGAGGCCGUCUGUUGGAUAAGCUUGCAGACUUGGUGGAGCGAGACAGGGCAGUUCUUGCAACCAUGGAAUCCCUAAAUGGUGGCAAACCGUUCUUGCAAGCUUUUUACGUGGAUUUGCAGGGGGUCAUCAAAACUCUUCGGUACUACGCAGGCUGGGCUGAUAAAAUUCACGGGAUGACCAUUCCUGUAGAUGGAGAUUAUUUUACUUUUACAAGACACGAACCCAUAGGAGUGUGUGGACAGAUCAUCCCGUGGAACUUCCCCCUGCUGAUGUUUGCUUGGAAAAUUGCUCCAGCUCUUUGCUGUGGCAAUACAGUAGUUAUUAAACCAGCAGAACAAACACCACUCAGUGCGCUCUACAUGGGAGCCCUCAUCAAGGAGGCUGGCUUUCCGCCGGGAGUCAUCAAUAUUUUGCCAGGAUACGGGCCAACGGCUGGGGCGGCAAUAGCUUCUCACAUUGGCAUAGACAAGAUUGCAUUCACAGGGUCAACUGAGGUUGGAAAGCUUAUCCAAGAAGCAGCUGGAAGAAGUAACUUGAAGAGAGUAACUCUGGAACUUGGAGGGAAAAGCCCCAAUAUUAUUUUUGCCGAUGCUGAUUUGGACUAUGCUGUGGAGCAGGCUCACCAGGGGGUGUUCUUCAACCAAGGCCAGUGCUGCACCGCGGGGUCUCGCAUCUUUGUGGAGGAGUCCAUCUAUGAGGAGUUUGUGAGAAGAAGUGUGGAGCGGGCCAAGAGGCGCAUAGUGGGGAGUCCCUUUGAUCCCACCACUGAGCAGGGACCCCAGAUUGACAAGAAACAGUACAACAAGAUCCUGGAACUCAUCCAGAGUGGUGUGGCAGAGGGUGCCAAGCUGGAAUGUGGAGGCAAAGGACUGGGCCGAAAGGGAUUCUUCAUAGAGCCCACGGUGUUUUCCAAUGUCACCGAUGAUAUGCGGAUUGCCAAGGAGGAGAUCUUUGGCCCCGUUCAGGAGAUUCUGAGGUUUAAGACAAUGGAUGAAGUGAUCGAAAGAGCCAAUAACUCAGACUUUGGACUUGUGGCAGCUGUCUUCACUAAUGACAUCAACAAGGCCCUCACGGUGUCUUCUGCAAUGCAGGCGGGGACUGUUUGGAUCAAUUGUUACAAUGCCUUAAAUGCCCAGAGCCCCUUUGGGGGAUUCAAGAUGUCUGGAAAUGGGAGAGAAAUGUGGCAGUGCCGCACCCUUCUGUGCAAUGUUGUGGAGACAGUCAGUCUUUGCCGUCAAGAAACGGUUACUGCUCAGGAUAUGACAGCUUUCUGUGCUCCUCAGAGGAGAGCUGGGCUGUCCACUCAUCAGACAUUUCUACAUGGAAACCCAGGGCCUGCUGUUAGCAGGGGGGAGUUUGGCUUGCGAGAGUACUCGGAGGUGAAGACGGUGACAGUAAAGAUCCCUCAGAAGAACUCCUAAGAAGGCCAAGGGGGAAGGUGGAGGCCAUCCCGCAGGACUCUCCCUCUCUGCUCUCCCUGGGGGGCCCGGCUCUCAGGAAUCCAAAGUCCGUACUUGGUCCUUAUUUAAAGUGAAAUAAUGACACGUAGGCCAGGCCAGUCAGUGGGUAAUGAAAGCAGACCAUGUGGGCACCAUUUCCUGGCACUCUGUAAGGGUUCACCUGAAUAAUACCAAAUACUGGGGAAAGGGGAUGGAGAGCAGAGGAGUAGCUGUCAGGGACUUCGAUCUCUCCAGAGGGAUGGGCUGGCGCCUUUUGUCACAAAGAACUUUCCUCCUGAGGGAAGGUUGUCCUUCCAUUGUCUUCAUUUUCCCCUUUCCAGCCUCUCUCUGCUCACCCAUCCCUCCCACCCCUGCAAGGAGAUCUCAGCUGAGCUCAUUUGGGGCAGAUGUUUGGGCCGGGAACAAUUUUCCAAGGUUUUGCAGCCAAAUUACCAUUUCAUGUUAUCCACUUCUUCAAAGCAAAACAUGAAAUGGUUUUAGUUAGAGCCAGACCAGACUGAAAAUGCCAGGAGCUGGUACACUGCAGAUGUACCAAGAAGCAAGAACUGGGGACGUUCCUGACCCAGUCUGGCUUUCUUACAUCCAUAAAUAACACGAGCAAAAGAGCAGGAAGAUGGAGAUCUGGAGAUCAUCCUAUGUAGUUCACAACUUCUGAUCUGGCUGCUUGGCUUUGGGGCGUGUGGGUGCACGUGUGUUUACUUCCUUCUGGGUGAUUCUGGAAUAAGGUGGGGGCAGGGGGGGUUGUUUUUCAUAGAUUGAUAAGAUCUUUUUCCAAAGCUUAUCUUAACAACCCAGAAAUAAAUGGCUGGGCUCAAGAAUUUGGUAAAAGGUAAUGCUGGGGGCCUUGCAGAAAUAAUUUCAUUUUCAGUACUGGCUGACAAUUCUUACUAAGUGAAUUAUCUCUGCAGUUGGACUCUUCAGCCUCUGUCCCCCGCCCCCCAUUGCCCCAGCACUGCUACUCCCAGUGCUCUGGCUGUCACUUUGGCCUAUCGUGCCCUAAAUCCACUGGCAGUAACCCUGGAGAACCUGAGCAAGCCUGCAGAUUCCGUGUCACUCGCAGACUUGAAGCGUGCCACGAUUGCCACGCUCCACCAGACCUCCGCCGACUCAUCCAGCGGCUCGUCCACGUCCACAUGGCAUUUUCCUUCCCAGCCUCCCCAGGAGCCUCCCAAGGGGGAGGCACCAAGCGGUGCCCCUCCCUCCCCUCCAGUCACACCCUCCUCUCCUGCUUUCCAACGCAUCCACCGCAUCCACCGGUUGAUGGACAGCAUCACCUUCCUUUCCUCCUUCCGCUUUCCUGGCUGCCGAAGUCAGUCCGGUCUGUAACGUAGAUGGAGAUCAUUUAUUUAAAAGUACCAAACAUAGCCUAGAGUACAUGGAAUAUGGCCAACACAUAUAUAGCCUUCUGUAUUUAAUGGGUUUCUGCUUUCUAACCAUCCCGGGUUUCUAUUUAUAAGUCUUGUCUAUUCAUGAUGUUUAAAGAAAUCCCUCCUCGCUGUUAUUUACGAACGGCAGUGCAUUCAGUGGCCCGAUGCCUUGAGAGACGCCACACCUCUGAGCCCUUCCAUGUGACUGUCAUGCUCUCCUUAUAGCUUGUGUCCAAGUGAACAUAUCCAUUAACCAGCUAGUUACCUUUCAACUGCAGUAUAGAAUGUGAAAAUGAAGAUUUAUUUCUUUUAAUUUACUUAAAAAGAAACCUCUGUGCUAGCAAUAAAGCAUUUAUAUUGUGUA